AACCAGGUGUAUGCAGUUUACCUCAAGCCAUUGGGAACUGUUACCAUUUCAGAGAGAGGUGGUAUUACAAUUCUUUUGAGAAAAAAUGUCAAAGAUUUUAUUACAGUGGUUGCGGUGGUAAUGAAAAUAACUUUGCAUCAUAUUUAGAAUGUGAAAAGCAGUGUCAUGUAUCUGUAGACGAUAAAUUUUCAGAAGAAUUUAACUUAGAUGUGUGUUCAUUUGAACCGGAUGGUGGUCCUUGCAAUGGAAAAAAGAUUCAAUGGUUUUAUGACAAAGAUGGUGUAUGCAAGCAGUACUACUACGGUGGGUGUAAAGGCAAUGGAAACAGGUUCAACACCAAAAAAGAUUGUGAACAGAAAUGUACUGCUUCUCAAGGUAUCUAUUUUUUUUAUUUGUGUAGUCACUAACUUCUUCUUCUCAUUGGCACGACAGCUCAGGAUGGGCCUUGGCCUUCUCAAUAAGCCUAUGCCAAGAUAUUUUUCCCU